AUGGGGAGCUUCAUGCAGAUAACAGCUAUACUUCUCUGCAGCCAAAGUUGGAUCUGUGAGUUUCUAACUGUGGAGGUCCAUCCUGGUGAAGACAUCACUCUGUUCUGCUCCAACCUUUCUUCAUCUCCGACCCAGACAGACUGGUUCAGAGUGAUUCAUGGAACCAAACCCAGCUGCAUCUCCUCCAUGUACGGUUCUGAAAGUGAACCUUCGUACUGCCAUGGAUUCCAAAGUGAAAAAUUUAACAUGAGCUCCAACAAGACGACUGUCUUCCUUCAAAUCAAACAAGUGGACCUGAUGGACUCCGGGUUGUAUUUCUGUGGAUUUUAUAUAAAGAAACAUACAAUUGUUGGCAGUGCAACAGAGUUGAUCAUUAAAGCUAAUGAAGACUCCAAAGACGAGGAGGAGGAUUCUGAUAAUAAAAAAGCUGCUGACCAACUGACGGACCUGAUGCCUGGGAUUUUAGGUGCUCUGACUGUUGUUCUCUCUGUAGCAGUCGUUGUUCUGGCUGUUAAAAACAGGAGACUGGAGAGAGACUCUGGGCUCUUCUGA